GCUAUGCUAAAAUGAAUGAAAUCAUCGGAAAGAGAUAGCUGUAAUAUAUUUUUUAAAGUCCAACAAGUAAUGUAAGAAGUAUUUAAAAUUAUAUACUAUAAAAAUGGCUGAAAACGAAACUCCAGUUACAGUAGAUGAUCUGCCGAUGUCAUUUCAGGUAAAAUAUUUAGGCCAAAGAGAUGCUAAAGGAUUAUGGGGCAUCAAACAUACCAGGAAACCUGUAGACCUUAUGGUGGCUGCAGCAAAGGCCUUGCCUCCAGAUCAAAUUUUACCCAUCGUGAAAUUAGUGAUAUCAACCAACGGGGUAUAUAUAGAGACGGUGAACCAAGGAAUGAGGAAGAAUGAAUUUGAGGACAUGUCCGUCUUCUUCAAGAUCGAGUCCAUAUCAUACGGAGUCCAGGACCUGGUGUACACCAGAGUCUUCUCCAUGAUAACAGUCAAGGACUCCAUAAACGUGAAGGGUCUGAAUCCGUUUGAAUGCCACGGCUUCGUUUGCGAGUCCAGAAACGCAGCGAGAAGACUCAUUUACUCUUUGUCGGCGGCUUUCCAAGAUUAUUCUAGAAGAGUGAAGGAAAUGCAAGCAGAACCAGAGCUAGACGACAGACACCCGAGUCUAAAGAAAAGGUUCGCAAUAGAUCUGCGAACGCCAGAAGAAAUCGAAGCAGAUCUAGAAACAGAAGCUUAGUUUAAAUACUAAACAAUCAUAAUAAAGUGGAGGCUUAAUAUUUAAAUCCAAAGAUAUUUAACAGAUAAUGAUUAUUACCAUAGAUAAUAAAAUAUUACGAAAAGAAUGAUAAUUGUGCCUGUAUAGUGCUAUACCUGUGCGUAUCUAUUUUUUUUUUUAAUUAAAAAUGGCGGGAUUUUGUGAUAAAAUUUAUCUGUCAUUUUUAAUUACAUAUUUUAUUUAUAAACAAUAUUAUAAAUGCGAUAGUGAGUUUGUUUAUUUAUUUGUUGGUUUUUAUUUCACGUCUCAAGUCAACCUUAACCAAUCAUCAUGAAAUUUGAAACAUUACCUAUAUUUGAAAUUGUGAAUAUAUUAUAGGUUAUGUUUUGUUCAUGCCUAAUAUACAUACUGUUUUAAAUUUAUACGUACAAUUAUAUAAAAUCCCGGGAUCUAACGACGUUUUAUUUCGAGAAAAAUCACGGGAUCUCACCACGUUUUAUUUCGACUUACGAGUUUCAAUAGUAGCAACAAACGAAGUGUAAAGAUAGGCGAAUAUAUAAGAUUUAUUUACCAUCUACCAGCUGCUUUCAGUUUACCUGUGGUCAUGGUGGUUGAAACACUAC